AUGACGCCGCCUGCAAAGGACGGGAUGAAGAUGAUUCCACGGGCAGAAAAAGAGAUCGAUUUAUUUUGUGGAGUGUUCGGUAUGAGCGGAAUGAUUUCCCUUACGAAGAGGCUCAGCGAGAACGUUGACAGCGUGGUGAAGGCGCUUGCGGAAGAACUGGGGGCUCGUCAUUUAGAACUGAACCUCUAUUUGGCGCAGAAGACGGGGGAGAACAGGCAGACCGAGUGGAUAGUGGCCGACGAGGAGCUGGACAAGCUCUUGUUAGGGGGGCUUCCGAAGGACGCCACUGAAGACUUCCUGAAGUUGUUCGACUGGAACGACGGUAAUUGCGGGCAGCUGGUGGACAUUAAAGCGAUCGGUGACAUCGUUGGGUUUACCGGUUCAAAGUUCUACGUGCGGAGGGAGAUCCUGAGUGUGCUGAAGGCGUUCAGGGACGUAUUCAACGAGAAGUUGUUCGAGGACACGAAUGCGGACUUCGAGAAGCAGUUCAUUUUCAUGGGAAGUCCAGGAACGGGCAAGAGCUGCAUUUUGGCGUUGAUUUGCUUCUACCUGGCGAUCGAAAAAGAUGUACCGGUUGUAUGGCACCGCCAUCUUACGGAAGGAAAGGAAGACCCAGUUACGCGUUUGUUUGACCAAGGCAAGUACUACGAGUGGCGCGACCUUGACAGCGCCAUCUUCACAGCCAUCGAUGAGUCGCAAUCCAGUGACGCCGUUGCUGAGGAAUUCGACUCGAGCGGCGAGGGCAGCUUAGACCAGUUCGUGUCAGGCGGAAACGUUCGUUUCUUUGUGAUCCCGAUUGGUGUGGCCAAGACGAAACUGCACGCUGCGUUCCUUAACAUCAACACCGCAACGGCAGGCUGUCUACUGACUCCUAAUGGAACUGACUUACAAGAACAGAUUGACCGCAUUCGCAUGAUGGGAGUACGUGACGCGACAGAUCCGGAGCAGUACACUGACCCAUUUUACUGGAGAGCGUUUGUUUCGUCGAAAUUGGCGCUGAAUACCUUGUUGACAAUGAUGGGACCCGACUUCUUCCAUCAGUUCGUUCUGGGUGUUGCACGCGAACAGCUCUUCGACUCACAAGUACGCCAGCAACAAACGGUUGGAAUAUCCUAUAUGAAGUACGACAACUUGAAUCGGAUGACCAAUAUGGAUCGUUGGCGCGACGUGAUGCGUCUGGAUAUGGGAACGAUAACAUUUGGCCGGUCGUCUCGAUCGGGCGAAGAUCCAACCAUCCAGCGCAAAGGUAAAACACUAGGAGAAUACGCAGCAGUGAUGGCGGAGUGGGCAGAAAACCCUGACAUGAUGGACUACUGGAUCCCCGCGUCGAUACGGAGGAGCGUUUUUGUUUGUUGCAGCUAA